AUGGUGCUGGCCGCAGCCAUGAGCCAGGACGCCGAGCCCAGCGGCCCCGAGCAACCGGACAGAGAUGCCCGCAGCGUGCCCGGCACCCCGGCGCCCCCGGCGCCCCCAGGCCCGCGAGGGAUGCAGCCGCCGCCGCCGCCGCCGCCCCAAGCCAGCCUGCCCCAGAUCAUCCAAAAUGCCGCCAAGCUCCUGGACAAGACCCCGUUCUCGGUCAGUAACCCGAACCCGCUGCUUCCUUCGCCCGCCAGCCUCCAGCUGGCCCAGCUGCAAGCUCAGCUCACCCUCCACCGGUUGAAACUGGCACAGACAGCCGUCACCAACAACACCGCGGCCGCCACGGUCCUCAACCAAGUCCUCUCCAAAGUGGCCAUGUCCCAGCCUCUCUUCAACCAACUGCGGCAUCCGUCCAUGAUCAGCGCCCCCCAUGGCCACACUGGGGUGCCCCAACACGCGGCCACCGUGCCCAGCACCCGCUUUCCCUCUAACGCACUCGCCUUCUCACCCCCUGGCCAGACACGAGGCCCAGGGCCCACAGUGAGCCUUCCCAGCCAGCCCCCCAACGCCAUGGUGAUGCACCCCUUCAUGCCUCAGACCCCCACCCAGCCAGCGGUCAUCCUGGGCCUUGGAAAGACUGGGCCCGCGCCCGCUGCCGCAGGGUUCUACGAAUAUGGCAAAGCCAACUCUGGCCAGGCAUAUGGCUCUGAAACCGACGGUCAGCCUGGCUUCCUGCCAGCCUCAGCUGCUACCUCGGGCAGCGUGACCUACGAAGGGCACUACAGCCACUCAGGGCAAGAUGGCCAGUCUGCCUUUCCCAAGGACUUCUAUGGACCCAGCGCCCAAGGGUCGCAGGUGGCAGGUGGAUUUGUGGCUGAGCCGGCCAGGGCCCUGAAAGGCGAGGUGGGCCCCCUGCUGCAGGGUCCAAACAGCCAGUGGGAGAGCCCCCAUGGGUUCUCUGGCCAGAGCAAGCCUGAUCUUGCAGCUGCCCCCAACCUGUGGCCUCCGCCCCCUGGCCAGCCCUAUGAGCUCUAUGACCCCGAGGAGCCCACGCCAGACAGGACCCCUCCUUCCUUUGGGGGUCGGCUGAACAACAGCAAACAGGGCUUCAGCGGAGCCCGGAGGCGGGCCAAGGAGGAGCAGGCAGUGCUGUCCCUGCGGCCCCUGCAAGCGCAUGAGCUGAAUGACUUUCAUGGUGUGGCCCCCCUCCACCUGCCGCACGUCUGUAGCAUCUGCGACAAGAAGGUGUUUGAUCUGAAGGACUGGGAGCUGCAUGUCAAAGGGAAACUACAUGCUCAGAAAUGCCUGCUCUUCUCUGAAAACGCUGGUGUGCGGUGUGUCCUCGGUCCGGCAGAGGGAACGCUGUGUGCCUCUCCCAACAGCACAGCUGUUUAUAACCCCGCUGGGGCAGAAGAUUAUGCCUCAAAUCUUGGAACGUCAUACGCCACCAUUCCUGCGAGGUCCUUUACUCAGUCAAGUCCCGCAUUCCCUUCAGCUUCCCCAGGGACAAAUUUUGCCCAGCGGAAAACGGGCGCCGGCCGCGUGGUCCACAUCUGCAACCUGCCGGAGGGAAGCUGCACAGAGAAUGACGUCAUUAACCUGGGGCUGCCCUUUGGCAAGGUCACUAAUUACAUCCUCAUGAAGUCGACUAAUCAGGCCUUUUUAGAGAUGGCUUACACAGAGGCUGCCCAGGCCAUGGUCCAGUAUUACCAAGAAAAAUCUGCCAUGAUCAAUGGGGAGAAAUUGCUCAUUCGGAUGUCCAAGAGAUACAAGGAAUUGCAGCUGAAGAAACCUGGGAAGACCGUGGCUGCCAUCAUCCAGGACAUCCAUUCCCAGAGGGAGAGGGACAUGUUCCGGGAAGCAGAAAGGUACGGCCCAGAAAGGCCGCGAUCUCGAAGUCCAGUGAGCCGGUCGCUGUCCCCGAGGUCCCACACUCCGAGCUUCACCUCCUGCAGCUCUUCUCACAGUCCCCCGGGCCCCUCCCGGGCCGACUGGGGCAACGGCCGGGACUCGUGGGAGCACUCUCCCUACGCCAGGAGGGAGGAAGAGCGAGGCCCAGCGCCAUGGAGGGAGAACGGGGAGGACAAGAGGGACAGGACGGAGACGUGGACACAUGAUCGCAAGCACUACCCCCGGCAACUAGACAAAGCCGAGUUAGAUGAGCGACUGGAAGUGGGGAGGGGCUACAGAGAAAAGCACCCGAGGUCUGGGUCCCCCAACCCGCUCCACUCCGCGUCGGGCUACAAAAGCCGAGAAGACGGCUACCACCGGAAAGAGUCCAAAGGCAAAUCGGACAAGUACCUGAAGCCCCAGCAGGAUGCCCCGGGGAGGUCCAGGAGGAAAGAUGAGGCCAGGCUGCGAGAAGGCAGGCACCCCCACGCCGACGACUCGGGCAGGGAAGAUGGGCUGGAGCCCAAGGGCACCAAGGCCAAACAGAGUGAGAAGAACAGAGCCAGGAGACCUGAUCGAGACCAAGAAGGAGCUGAUGACAGAAAAGAUAGGAUGGCAGAGAAUGAGGCUGUAAAAGAGGAACAGGAGAGCAUGGAAGAGAGUCCCCCAUCAGUGGGCAGACAAGAGAAGGAAACAGAGUCCUCCGAUACAGAAAACAGAAGGGCAAGGAAGGAGCAGGAUUCGGAGAGUGGAAGUGAGGCUGAGGGUGAGAGCUGGUACCCCACGAACAUGGAGGAGCUGGUGACAGUGGAUGAGGUAGGGGAGGAAGAAGAUUUUAUCAUGGAACCAGACAUCCCAGAACUGGAGGAGAUUGUGCCCAUAGACCAGAAGGACAAAAUCUGUGCAGAAGUAUGUCCCUGUGUGACAACUGCCUUAGACCUGGACUUCACCAAAGGUUUCGCCAAGGAGGGAGUCAAGACCAUUGGGAACGGGGCUGCGGAAAUCAGCCUCAAGUCGCCCGAAGAACUGCCUUCUGCUUCCACGGGCUGUCCCAGUGACAUGGACGUGGAGAUGCCUGGCCUAAAUCUGGAUGCUGAGCGGAAGCCAGCUGAAUGCGAGACAGGCCUCUCCCUGGAGGGCUCAGAUUGCUACGAGAAGCCCGCAAAGGGAGGAGAGAGCUCAGAUGUUCGUCUGGCCCCUCCACUUCUGCAAAUGUCUUCCCCCAAGCCAGCAGAGGAGAGGGCCUGGCAGCCCAGCCCAUUUCUCGAUGACUGCAAGGCCAGGGGGACCCCCGAAGAUGGGGCUGGUGAAGGCAGCCCCCUGGAGGAGAAAGCCGGCCCCCCUACCGAAACCGACCUCCAAAGCCAGGCUUGCCAAGGAGCGUCGACCCCAGAAAACUCCAGGUACUCAGAAAUGAAAUCUCUGGACAUGAGGUCACUGGAAGAUGCUGAAGUGGAGCUGAAACAGCCCCUUUCUUUGCCUUCCUGGGAACCAGAGGAUGUGUUCAGUGAACUUAGCAUUCCUCUAGGGGUGGAGUUCGUGGUGCCCAGGACCGGCUUUUAUUGCAAGCUGUGUGGGCUGUUCUACACCAGUGAAGAGAUGGCGAAGAUGAGUCACUGUCGUAGUGCCGUCCAUUACCGGAACUUACAGAAGUACUUGUCCCAGCUGGCCGAGGAGGGCCUGAAGGAGACAGAGAGGGUGGGCAGCCCUCGGCCCCAGGACAGCGGAAUCGUGCCGCACUUUGAAAGGAAGAAGCUCUGACACCGCUGCUUGAAGGGGGAGAGGAGGGCCUGAGAAGUGGGGCCUUCCUGCCAGAGAGGAACGAAGACCAGAAAGCCCACGGCAGUGCCCGAGUCGGUCCGCAGAGACUCACGACAGGCCCGGAGCGCCUCCCGGAGCCUUCACCCCGGCAUAUCCAGUGACUCGCGUUUCCUUCGAACAAUUUUUCCAUUUGCUUGUCUCUCUUUCUCUCCAUCUCUCACUCCCUCCAUCUGUGCCGAUAAAAUCCAACUUCUCAGGGAUUUUCACAGUGUUCCAAUUCUUGGUGGGAUAAGAUAGGUCAAGCCAG